AUGUUCAGUAGUUCAAAUGUUCAUAGUAGUUCAGAAGUAAGAAGUAUUCUGUCAUUUUUCAUUUACCUGCGAAAUAUGGAAACGAACUGGAACAGAACAGCCUUACUAAGAGACCCCAAGAAGGAUCCAUACGUACUCCCUAGUAAAGAAAUUAACAGAAUAUUAAAGGAAAUUAAUCAAGGCUGUAUCGAUAGCUUAAAAGUUAUUUUGGAGAAUGAGAUUGAUUUUCACUGGAGUAAUAUUUGUCACGAAACAACUGGGGAUACACUCUUGCAUAUAGCAGCCAAGCAAGGACAUAAACCCAUUGUCCAGUACCUUUUGUGUGAGUGCCCGCCUAUAAUUGUCAACUGCAGGAACAAGCUGAACAAAACUCCUUUGCAUGAAGCAUUGCAGAGUUCGCACUAUGAUAUUUGCACUCUUCUUAUUACGAUGGGUGCAGAUUUGAACGCCAUUAAGGGAGGAGAUUGGACACCGUUAAUGCUUGCGUGUGCAAAAGUAACCAAAGAUGAUGAACAGUUUAGAUUUCUAUGCUAUCUUUUAUUAAAAGGUCAUAAGACUUUAAUUAAUUGCCAAAAUAAAGAUGGAUGGACGGCCCUACACCUAGCAGCAAGGGUAGGAAAUGUAGAAAUAGUCAAGAAAUUGCUGCUCUCUUCAGCGGAUUACAACAUAAAGACCAAAAAUGGUUGUACCGCAUUUCACAUAGCUGUCUUACACGGAAAUUUGGAAGUGGUAGAAAAACUUUUGAAUUACACUAAUGAUUUGCUUAGAGCAAAAGAUGUUUCUGGAAAUACUCCACUGCAUCUAGCUUUGCUAGGUCAGAACUUGGACAUGUGUCGUUUUUUAAUCCAACAAGGCGCCGAUAUCACUUGCAGAAACAACAGCGAUUUUAAUCUCUUGCACUUGGCAGCUACAGUCGACAAUGUCGCCCUAGUGCAGUAUGUGUUAAACGAACUACAAUUUGAUAUUAACUCUGUAAAUCGAAACGGAUGGAGUGCGUUACACUGCGCUGCUAGGAAAAAUCUUAAAGCUGUUUAUAAGUUUCUCAUUGAGCAUGAUGCUAAUGAUACUUUAAAAGAUAAUUACGGACGACAAGCUUCCCACUAUCUUAGAGCCUAAUUUCUUUGCACAGUAUCGCACUUUUUUCUAUAAUGUUACAAAAACUUUGACACAUUGUUGAUUUUGAUAAAAAUAAAUAAAUCUCAGGUAA